GUUUGUGCGAAGGAGGGCGGUGCCAGUGUGAGUGACACAUUAGCGAUCAAAUCAAAGGUCGCACUGUUGCAGCGUUGGAGAUAUUUGUUUAUAGUGAAGUGUUUUCUUAAGUUGGAGUCGUUUGUCGCAGUCACACGUUCAUUCUGGGGUGCUGGAAACGGGACUUGGUGAUCAUGUGGACCUCAGCAGCUUUCGCUCGGAGUUAACGCUCUCAUAUCUGCGAAGAUGUGGUUAGCAAACUUCAAAAAUCAGCCGAUAAAUUACGACAGAGAAAACAAACCAAGGGACGAAUAUCAGAAUACGUGACAGGGUAUUGUUUGAGGAUGGAAAGGAGCGCGUCGGAGCGGACCGCGCUGCGGCGGUUUGGGGACAGCGGCAUGAUGCUUCUGCCCUGGACCAAACAGAUCCUGACGGUGCUGUGGGAGCACCUGAGACUGCUGGUCCAGGUCAUCUGCUGCACUUUGAUUUCAGUUUUCCAGAUGUUCAGGUUUGAAGUCCAUGUGAGAAUUACAGACGAGACGGGGCAACACAUUCAGCACAUGACAAGUGGGUCAGGAGACCCUUCUGACAGUUUCCUGCUCUCAUCCUUGUUUGAAAACAACAAAAACAUGGUGGUCGGGGGUUCCAGUCCACUUUCAAAAUUCGGCAGGGACCCAUUCGACGUCAGCUCUCACUCCAGAGCUGUCCUGUCCAGUCUGGUCGGCGAUGAGCUCUGUUGUUCCUUGGUGGACGACCUUGUGUCCCACGCAACAGAGUGUCUCAAUGACACAGAAGACCUCUAUAUUGGAGAUCGCUCCAUGUGGAAACAUGGAUAUGACUGGACCAUAUUAGGAGGAUCAGAAAGGAAAUGCGAAGAGAACACCUGCACGUUUACUGCACAUGUGUCUGGGUUUUCUGCAAAGGAGUUUGUAAAGCAUCAGAAGCCCAUCGCUGAUCCUGAUUCAUGUAGUUCAUCUACAGAGGACGUUCAAGCUCCAUGUCCAGUGCAGUCAGUCGGUCAGUUCUCAGACAGCGAGUUCAGCUGGGGAAGCACAGACAGCUCUUGUUUUGAAGGAGAACGAGAGGAGAAUGAAAAACUCUGGGACCUUCUGACCAGCUCGACGGAUCCAUAUCACCCUCUACACUUCACGGCAUGUUUGUCCAGUGCAGUUCCUGAAAAAAGCAAAACUCAGGUGGUUUUGAAGGCCGAAAGUCCCACUGUAUCACACUCCACUGCAUCUACAGGCUCCGAUUCUUCUAAAACAGGUUCUGAAGAUGAAGAAGAAGAGGCCAUAUGGAGAUCCCUCUCUCAGAAUGAUGACCCAUAUCACCCUUUGAAUUUCAGAGCCCCUCUUCAAAGCUCACCAGCUACAUCGUUUCCUUCAAAACAUGAUUCGCCCAGUGACAACACACUAAAUAAAACCGAUAGACUCUUAAAAUCUUCAAGACGCUCAAAGCCGCAGUUACCAUCAAGUAAAGUUGCUCGCCAUUGCUGCCACAAAUUACCAGUUGAGACAUUAUCAGUGGUGCCAUGGAGAAGACAUGUUGGUCUGACUGUUCUUCAGGGCAACCAAAGGAAAUGUCCCAAUUUUAAGAAGGUGAAAUUUUCUCCUAUCGUACAAGUCCACAAGAUGCAAGCUUGGUCCUUUGCUUUUCAGGCAUCUCGUAAGGGACCGUGGGAGGAGUUUGCACGGGACAGAGACCGUUUUCGAAAGAGAAUCCGUGAAACUGAGAAGGCCAUUGGCUACUGUUUUAGUAUGUCACACAGGGAAAAGCUGUGGGCCUAUAAGGACAGAAAACAGAAGUAACCAGCCCUUGAUUUGCAAAAAUUGGUUUCUGAUUGCAAUUAUUGAUUUUAUAGUUCCCCGGCCAGCCUCUAUACUGCUAUAUUGACUUAAAUUGACAUUCAUACCUCACUGCUAUGAAAAGUUACUACAGAAUUUUUAUAUAUUAAUUUUUUUUGCCAUGCCUUACAGACUCUUCAGUGUGACUGAUCACACAUUUAUUUUUUAACACAACUUGUUGAUAUGUUGGAGUACUAGACUAGUGUUAUUUUAUUUAAAGUGAUCACCAAAAAAUGAAUAUUCUGCCAACAUUUACCCUCAUGUCAUUGCCAAUUCCAAGACUUUUUUCAUGUGAAACACCAAAUAAGACUUUUUGAAAAAUGGCAUGAUGUUUUUUCCUUUACAAUGAAGGUCAGAGGGUCCAGUGUUGUUUGGAACCCACUGACUUUCAUUGUAUACAUAAAAUAGUUUAGUAAAAAUAGUUUUUAAAAGUUCAGUAAUCUUCAAAACAAAGAAAUAGUUCAGUAAUAAUUCUUAAAAAUAGCUCCUCUUGCAUUUCACAAAAGAAAGAAUGUCACACAUGUUUGGAAAGAUGUGAGGAAGAGUAAAAGAUAACAAUUUUCAUUGCUGGGUAAAUUGUACCUUGUUUAUUCCAGUGGUUUUAAAUGGUGUGAAAAUAGGCUGCUUUUUUAUUUUUCAUCAUGUUGACGAAAAUGUAAAGAAAAAAAAAUGAUGUAACAAGACUAAGUUACAAUGCACCUAAAUGUUUACAUUUUUAUAUAUAUAGAUAAAUAUAUAUUUGUUCAGAUAAUUUACUGUUAAAAAGUUUGCAGUCAGUAAGAUUUUUCAUAUUAUUUUUAUUAAUGCCUUUAAUUCAGCAAGGACACCAUCAAACACAUCACGGUUUCUUCAAAAUUAUUAAGAAGCACAAUUUACAACAAUGAUAAUGUUAUAAGAAAAUGUUUCUUGAGUAUAUAAUAUUUCACAAUAUUACUGUUUAACUGAAUUUUGAUCAAAUAAAUGCAGCCUUAUUAAGCAGAAGAAACUUCUUUUAAAUAUAUUGACAAAUCUUACAGACCCCAAACUUUAGAGCAGUACUGAAUAUGUUAAUUACAUCAUAGACAAUUUUUCCUACAAUAACAGAUGCUGUUAUGUUUGCUACUUUUGCCAUCACUGAUUAUUGCAGUUUUUUUUCUGUUUUAGAAACUCUUGCUCUUCAAAUGUUCUGUUAACCCAUCCUGCAUUUGUUGAAUGUAGAUUUGUUUCCUUGCA